UAAAAGUGUUUGUAAAAAAGAAAAUAUCCAAGUUUGUUGGCCUUACCCAUGCAACAACAAAACAUUAUAGCCAAGUUUCUCAGGAACCUAGGAUUCAAAAUUCUCAUUGGGAGGUCACGCCAAAUUGCUCUAUCAACAUAUCAACGUGUGUCAUACCGAGACCAGACCGGCAAUUUAUUAGUUGCUAUGAGAACACUAUUUUGUAUCAGAAUUGCAGCCUUGACGACGCAGUGUUUUGUGCCUAUUUUGCACAUGUUUUUCUACAGCGAGUCCUCUCCCGCGAUCCUGGAGAGAGGCCUGGCUUCCUCCGGCAGCCGCCCACGUCCGUUUUCGCUCCAGUUCCCCGGGCUGCGCAGUGGCUCCGCUUAGAGGGCGACCCAGGGGACCCACAGGACCUGCCGGGCGGGCGGGCGGGCGGACGGGCGGGCGCGCGGCCUUUCGGCUGCGAAUGGGACGGGGGGAGCCGCGCGCUCUGCACCCGAGCUCUGCGCAACAACAACAACAAAAUUUUAAAAGCAAAUAAACAAACGAGGCAGGCAGACCUCCGAGGGGGAGCGCCGUGUGCGUUAGCUCUCGGGACAGUCACACACAGGCCAGGGCGGGCUCCGGAACCUUAAUUCAUCCAGGACUCCCCUAGGCCUAAAGCACUCCGGCCUCGGUUCCGGGGGGGAACGCGGAGCGGGCCGCGGGCGGAAGGGGGAGCCCCGCCGCGCGGCCCGCAGGGUUUGGGAUGGGCAUCUCCCGGGCGACGGGCUCCGCACCAAGAUGGCGGAGGAGAAGGACCGGGAAGGCACAGAGGUAAUAGUGGCAGAAUUCCAUAAGAAGAUCAAAGAGGCCUUUGAAGUGUUUGACCAUGAAACGAAUAACACAGUGGAUAGAGAUUGGGACAAUUAUCAGGUCACUGGGAUGCUGUCCUACUGAAGGAGAGCUACAUGAUUUCAUUGCAGAGGUAGAGGAAGAAGAACCCACUGGAUACAUUCGAUAUGAAAAAUUCCUUCCAGUGAUGACCAGAGUACUUCUGGAGAGAAAAUACAGACCAAUUGCUGAAGAUGUCCUUCUUAGAGCUUUUGAGGUUUUGGAUCCAGCUAGACGAGGGUUUCUGACUAAAGACGAACUGGUCAAGUUCAUGACUGAGGAAGCAAUAGAAGCCCUAAUUGAAGACAGAAGUUGGUACCAGAGACUGGGGUAUUGUUGUGAGAGGCCUGACUGUAGUCAGAAAUUUCUCUGUCCUGCCUUGCCCAGCAGUCCAGGUGAGCCUUUUUCUCAAGAGGAAAUGGAAGAAAUGUUGUCUGCUGCAAUUGAUCCUGACUCAAAUUCCAUCAAUUACAGGGACUACAUCACAAUGAUGGUGAUAGAUGAAAAUUAAAUGCUCCAAAGACUUAA